UUAGCGCCCUGCGUGUGCCGGAGGAAAGGCGAGCGCUUCCCCUAUCCUGCCAAGACCCUUUCAUAUGAUCGUGACUUAAAAAUCCUUAUAUUUGAGGCGACAGGCAUCUCUUGGAUUUUUAUCUUGCAGUUGGGAAAAUUGUCCUUUUCUCAAGGAUGCGUUACAUUGCGGCUUACCUCCUUGCUGUAUUGGGUGGAAAUGAAGCCCCAUCUUCAAAGGAUAUCAAGAAGAUUCUUGAUAGUGUUGGGAUUGAAGCUGAUGAUGAGCGAUUGAACAAGGUGAUCAGUGAACUGAAAGGCAAGAAUAUAGAUGAUGUCAUCAGUGCUGGCAAUGCCAAGCUUGCAAGUGUCCCAAGUGGAGGUGCUGCUGCUGUUAGUGCCACAAGUGCUGCUGCACCAGCUGCAGCUGCUGCUGUUGAAGAGAAGAAAGAGGAGAAGAAAGAAGAGUCUGAAGAAUCAGAUGAUGACAUGGGUUUUGGUCUCUUUGAUUAAAUAGAAAGCUGGCUUAAAAUAAACAGUUAUAAUAUUU